GUCGCAGGCACUGCACGCGACGCUCCCGUCGCCUUUCAACGCGAGUGCGUGUGUGUGAACUUAUAACAAGCUUAGAUAUCUGUUGUAUAACCGAGAGCUACGGACAGUAUCAAGGUCAACAUUCAGCUAUUUGACACCUGUUGUGUAUACAUAACGUACGUAAUAUAUGUACUACCGCACUAACAACGACGAUUGGACAGAAAUGUGUUUCAAUAAACGCUUGAUCAAGCUGGCUGACUACUUCCGAUUACAAUCCAAAAUGACUCGUUAGUGAGCCUCUGAAAACAUAGACAGUCGACAUGACAUGCAAUACCAAAAUCGUAAUCACGAAGCUACUAAUAUGCUUCCUCUUGUCUGGCGUAAAAGGAAGAUCAUGGGCCAGCCACCAUGACACUACCACCUCUACAACUCAGACUACACCCACCACUAGCCCGGCUCCAAAGAACUUCCACAAUGAUCCGCUUGUCGUCGAGACUAAGAGCGGUCUCGUUAAAGGUUAUGCCAAAACGGUCAUGGGUCGCGAGGUACAUAUAUUUACCGGAAUACCAUUCGCAAAACCGCCUCUAGGUCCACUAAGGUUUCGAAAGCCAGUUCCAAUCGAACCGUGGCACGGUGUUCUAGAUGCCACCGCUAUGCCCAAUAGCUGCUAUCAAGAACGAUACGAGUAUUUUCCUGGAUUUGAAGGUGAAGAGAUGUGGAACCCUAACACCAAUAUAUCAGAGGAUUGUUUGUAUUUGAAUAUUUGGGUUCCUCAGCAUUUACGAGUUCGCCAUCAUCAAGAUAAGCCUCUGGCUGAGAGGCCAAAAGUGCCGAUACUUGUGUGGAUUUACGGUGGAGGGUAUAUGAGUGGGACCGCAACCCUUGAUUUAUAUAAAGCUGAUAUUAUGGCAUCGUCAAGUGAUGUUAUAGUGGCUUCCAUGCAGUAUAGGGUGGGAGCAUUUGGAUUUUUAUACUUGAAUAAAUUCUUUUCACCGGGCAGCGAAGAAGCGCCAGGUAAUAUGGGACUUUGGGAUCAACAACUGGCAAUACGUUGGAUAAAAGACAAUGCGCGGGUAUUUGGUGGAGAUCCUGACUUGAUUACACUGUUUGGGGAGUCAGCUGGAGGAGGAAGCGUGAGCUUGCAUAUGCUUUCACCAGAGAUGAAGGGAUUGUUCAAGAGGGGUAUAUUACAGUCGGGAACGUUAAACGCACCAUGGAGUUGGAUGACAGGAGAACGCGCUCAAGAUAUUGGGAAGGUGUUAGUUGACGAUUGUAACUGCAACAGUAGUCUUCUGUCCGCGGAUCCGAGCCUAGUUAUGGAUUGUAUGAGAGGAGUAGAUGCAAAAACGAUUUCCGUGCAACAAUGGAAUUCAUAUACGGGAAUAUUAGGAUUUCCGUCAGCUCCGACUGUCGACGGCGUAUUUUUACCAAAAGACCCUGACACUAUGAUGAAGGAAGGUAGCGUCCACAACACUGAAGUACUUCUCGGAAGUAAUCAAGAUGAAGGAACAUAUUUCUUGUUAUACGAUUUUCUCGAUUAUUUCGAAAAGGACGGACCGAGUUUUCUACAGAGAGAAAAAUUCUUAGAGAUCAUCAACACGAUUUUCAAGGAUUUCUCUAAUAUUAAAAAAGAAGCAAUCAUUUUUCAAUAUACGGAUUGGGAAGAAAUAACCGACGGUUAUCUGAACCAGAAGAUGAUAGCAGACAUAGUGAGCGAUUACUUCUUUGUGUGCCCCACUAAUUACUUCGCGGAGGUUCUGGCUGAAACUGGCGUUGACGUCUACUACUACUACUUUACGCACCGCACGAGCACAAGCCUCUGGGGCGAGUGGAUGGGUGUGAUGCACGGGGACGAGAUGGAGUAUGUGUUCGGGCACCCGCUCAACAUGUCGCUCCAGUACCAUACGAGGGAGCGGGACCUGGCCGCUCACAUCAUGCAGUCUUUCACUAGAUUUGCUCUUACUGGCAAACCUAAUAAGCCAGAGGAGAAGUGGCCGCUCUACUCUCGCGCGUCACCUCACUACUACACAUACACUGCGGACGGGACAAGCGGGCCGGCGGGGCCACGCGGCCCGCGGGCCAGCGCCUGCGCCUUCUGGAACGACUUCCUGAACAGGCUCAACGAAUUGGAGCGUGUUCCCUGCGACGGGGCAGUCACUGGGCCCUACAGCAGUGUGGCCGGUACUACUCUGCCUGUGGUUCUACUCACGGCGCUCGCCACCACCGCUGCUCUCUAAAUAAAACAAUAAAAAGUAGUAAAGUCCGUGAAACAGAAAAGUGUGAUUCAAAUGUGUUUCAGAAAAAAAACGUUGUGUGUAACGAAAGUGGGUAAGAGAUUAGACGUUUCAAAUGGUGAACAAACAUAUUUCUUAUGGAGAUUGGAUAAUUGGAUAUUUUAUAGCUAAAAAGCAUUUUGGAUGUUUGGAAUGACUGGCAAACGGAACUGAUUCUUGUAGCUUAAGGUCUUAGCAAAUGUACGCACUGGUUUUAAAUCAAGUUAAUUUCUGUAGGUAGUAUAAUUUCCAUGAAUAAUAACAAUAUAAUUUAGGUAGGCACACAAUGUUCCUUGUCUAGUUGUUUCGUCUGUUUGAUGUUGCAAAAAUUUAUUUUAAUAGUGUAAUUAAUAAUGAUAAAAUAUUAAAAAUUUUAAUGUUUGAUGUUAGGGCAAACAUGUACAAAAAUGUUAUUCGUAAUUUAAAUAUUUAAGAAGUAAACUGCUUGCGUGAGAGUAUGCUAUGUGAAGUAUGUAUAUUUAAAAAAUACGUGUCAAUAAAACAAUAAACGGCCCUAUUCGAACUUUAAGAUACGUCAGCUAAUAGAUCUUGAAACGAUAUGGAUUAGAUAUGUCAGUGUCAAAUGUGACGUUUCUUCAAAGAAAAAUGUCACUUUUGACAAUGACACAUCUAAUCCAUAUCGUUGCAAGAUCUAUUAGCUGACGUAUCUUAAAGUUCGAAUAGGGCAGAUAAAAAGAAACAAUUGAAGUGGACAAAACGUAGCGCUUUUAUAAUAUUCAAAUUACGAACAACAAACAUGGGCUCAGUUUUAUUUUAAUGAAGAAAAUAAGUCUUUAGAAUUUGUGUGUGUUAUAAUAAGUACAUACCAUUAAUUAGGAAAUCUGUUGUAAUAAGUUAAAAUGCUUUGAUUGUAAAAGCAAUGCUUUCACUGAAAAUUGGAUUAUCACUAUACAUAUCAAGUGUGCCUCUGCUUGAAUAGCAAAAUAAAACAUAUCUUUAUUCUAGUGAAAUUUAGAAUUUGAUAUAAAUAUAUGAACAUAUUGUAAAAGUAGAGCGUAUACUAUGCGACGAAUUUUUGUUGAGGUGUUUAUUAUAAUAAUAUAUAGGAUGCUACUAAAUGCGUACCACUCGAGGAUCUUAUGAACUUCAAAUUCUUAUGACUUCAAACAGAUGAUAGAAUAUUUUGUAAAUAAAACCUUUUUAUGAAUAAAAUGCAAAGUUAUUGUUACCUACUUACUAACGUAGUAUAUAUAUAUAUAUAUAUAUAUAUAUAUAUGAAAACUUAGACCUAUCUUUUAAUUUUGAAUAAAAAGCACUUAUACCUUACCUUUGUUUAUAGGUGGGAACCUCUAUUUUCUUUAGAAUCUUUACCAAAAUACUAUACCAACUAAUUUAAACUAUAAAUACAAUAAUUAUUACCUAUUGUACGUUUUAAUAUAUGAAUCGCGGUUAAAAAUAAUAAAGGUAUCCACACUUUACAUAAAAUAGAAAAUAACCAGAAAUAUCAGUCUACCCUGUUGCUUAAACUAUGAGCCAUAAAGUUUUCAUAAAUCCCGUUCUAAGCCCCGACAAACUGCGGAAUUUGUCUAAUCUGUAGCUUAUAAAUGCUUUAAGUGAAAAUCGUCUUAUGAAUUUAUAUUACGAUUUAUAUAUUUUUAAACAUGAAAUUUGUACCUACUAAUUCGAUAGGCAUAAUAAGGACGUAUUGGUAUUAAAAGCGAUUGUCAAUUACUACCGAGAUGUGAGUAUGGAAUAUGUGAGGGAAACUGAGAAGGAUUGCUGAAUACUUGUACAAAAUUUCGGGAAACAAUAUUGCAUGCCAUUCGUCUAUUCUACAACACUUAAAUGUAUGAAAGUAGCAUUACAGUAAUGACAUGUUAAUUAUGAUACUAAAUCGAGUAUGUAUUUUAAGCUUCCCACAAAAUGAGACUCAUGUUUUGUAAUCGCAACGUAAAAAAAAAAGUUUUCCAUGAUAAACUUAUCCACAAUAUAUAAAAAAGUAGGUAGUUCAUGAAUUGCUGCAAUUGUAACGUUACGUAUUACAAAAUCGUAGCCAAAUAUAUCGGUCAAUCAUGCAACUACAGAAAACUGGCAGGAGUUUUUAUAUAUAUUAAUCACAUUUUAGAGUAUUAAUCAUUCAACGUCCUCGAUUUGAUAUAUUUUAUAAUUAAAAUAAUCUCAUUGAUAUGAGCAAUUCCACUGAGCAUUUUGACACGUCCAUUCAUUCGAUUGCGUAUUUUUAUUGUAGUUUAGAAUAGAACCAGAGUUGCACCUCUGUGGGUAAUUAUUAAAAAAAGUGUUUCAGCGUUCUAAUCGUUAUUUUUUGCUUAUUACAUACCUAAGCUAUAACGCGAUCACCACAAUAAAAAAUAAUAUAAAUAAUUAUGUAGAGUGAUUUGGGAAACGUGUCACGGAUAUAACAAGAUUUCAUUAAGAAAUAUAAACCAAACAUAGUCAAGUUGGUACAAAAGUUUCUAGUAUGGUGACAAAUAACUAUUUUUCAAAUUAUAAACAGAGAAAAUAAUAUUUUAUACAAUUUGGCCCUUCAUUAAUCACUUUUAUGUCACUCUCCUUACUUUAUUAUGCAAAAAAAGUAUAAUAUGGUCCUGAGUUUUACAUAAGUAAAAUUGUUAUUAAUAUUAAAUUCAAACUUAAGCUUGUUAUGUUUAAUUUUUCAUUAAAAGGAUGAUCAAUAAUAAUUAUAAUGCCACAAAAUUUCAUUCCUGAUCACGUUUCUUAAAUCACCUAAUUAUUAAUUAUGCAAUGAUACAUCAAAUUCCUGGUUAUCACAAUAUAAAUUCAGUCCCAGUAGCAAUCAGUAAUUGCCUUGAAUAAUGUAUAACACUGACGAUGAAUGACAUAACGGUUGAAGUGCUGUUACAUUUUUAUAAAUAAUCGCCCUGUUAUCCACAUUUUCCUCAUAGUUUGCUAAUUGUAUGUUGUACCCUGAUAGGCGUUUCUUGUUUUACUUUUUUUUUAACUUCACUGCAUUCAUUAUAAGUAGGUAUGUCAAUUUGUCCUCUCAUAGAUUAUUAAAAAGUAGACACGAGAGUAAAGUGCACACCGAUGGCUUUUUAUGCAUCUUCCGCAUUUCAAGAGUCUUGGGACAAGAAAUAGAAAAUCUUUUGUCAGUUUAAUCGUGAAAAUCCCAGGUGUUGAAUUUGCUUUUUUAAGACUUAUACUUUGUUUUUGUUUUUUAAAGACUUAAAGUUUUUUUAAUAUUCUUAUAAAACCCAUCGAAACUCUUAACCUUGACAUUAGUAAACUACGUAAUAGAAUUUCAAAACUAUACAAUUUUUUAUUGAUGAAUUUAUACGCUAAUAAUUUUUGAACGUUAUUGUUUCCACUAAAAUUAAAAGAUCAAUACAUUUGGAUUCCAAAUCCCCAUAGAAAAUGUAUAGAAAACUGCAUUAUGUUGGGCAACUCACUGUAUUAUUGUGAAAAUAUACAUGUUGACAGACCUGAAAGUAGAAAUAUCGAAUUAAAAUAUAGUCCAAUAGACCAUGACAUCAUCAGCACCUUUAUCAUAAAGGUUUCCUUACGGCUGAUUUCGACCACAGCGAAAAAUAGCGAUAUGGUAUGGUAUCUACCGGCGCGAUUCGAGAAACGAAUUAGAGAUUAACUAGAUACGAUAUAAUAUAUAUAUAAAUAUAAAUAUAAAUAUAUAUAUGUGACGUCCCACGGGUAAAGGUACCUUAUGGCGGUUGGCGCUUACGUUAUUAUUAACGCCGCUCCAAUAUUAUUGCGGCGCUAUGCGACGUAAGCGCCAGCCGCUACAAGGUACCUUUUGCCGUGGAACGUCACAUAUCUUUACUAUUUCAUAUCUAUUGAAUCUCUAAUUCAUUUCCCGAAUCGCGGCGCCAGCCGCCAUAAGGUACCUUUUACCGUGAAACGUAACAUAUCUUUACUUACUUUAUUUCAUAUCUAGUGAAUCUAUAAUUCAUUUCCCGAAUCGAGCAGUACCGCUUGUUUUCCAAGACUCCCAGAGAAUGCGGAAAAGCUUUUACUUUGAAUUAAGCACGAUUUGAGAAGUUGUAUGGGAUAGCUUUAAUUAGUUAAUAUUAAGAUGUAAAGUGAUCUAAAUAAGGGUAAGCUAAAUUAGUGAUGUAUAAUAAAGUUAAUGUAAUGAAUCUCACAUUGUGUUACUAACAAACCGUACGUUGAAAUAUUCAGUAAUUGUAAAUGUAAACACAUUCAAGUAAUACAAAAUUAUUAAAACUUCCAUACUGUUUAUGUUUCUCGUUAUUUUUUAACUAUAUACACAUAUGCAAAUAAACAACAACAAUAUUUUAGCCUUGAUUAUGCACUUGUAGAUAAUUAAAUACAAAAUAGUCAGAGUUUAUAAAAUUAUAACAAUAUUUACUUACUUAAUGAUUUACGUAACUAAGUAAUGAAAAAAAUAUUAUUAUUUAUUUAAAUAUCUUGUUUGUUCAACAUAACUUAUUAUUUUUCUGUGGGCCUAAACUUCUUGUUCUUGAAUUCUUGAAUCAGCAAAACAAUAAAUAAUCAUACGUUUAAGUACCCAGGUAUGAUUGUUGCAUGCGUACAUUUUAUUAUAAUAAAUAAAUGAUUGUAAUCUACUCAAUAGAUAGUAGCUCGUAGUAUUAUUAAAUUAAGUUUGGAUUUAAUGUGAUGCAAUUAGUGGUUUUUGAUAACUAAAGAACAACUGCUUAACCUCCUAUUAUUGUGAAUGAAGUAUACACAAUCUCAGAUUACUCAAUCCAGUAGAUUAAAUGGAACUUGGCUUUGGUAUCAGAGACGAUAAAAUGACAAAAGUGCUAAUAACAGUUUUGAAUGAUUCACGGUUAAGUCUCACUAGACUUAUAUCGACCGGGAUAUGGACAAUACAAAAGGUAAUCACCGUUCAUAUCUCGGUCGAUGUAAGUCUAGUGAAAAAUGCUAAUCUAUGUACCUCCUUGUAGGUGUGAAGUUCGUCAUUAUUUUCAAUACCUACUAUAGGGGUACAUUCGUGAAGAUGGAACGGGAUUCCUUUUUUAAUAGUCAUACAUUUUGCAUUACGUGCUUGACUGCCACUAUCAUUUGUUGUUCAUAAUCUACAUAUUAUAACACCUUUGUGAAAUUACCUGUUUCAAUAGACAACGUUAAAAUAUUUAACCUUACAAUAAUUCCAUUGUCCAAUUGUGAAAAUUAGUGUCCUUUAUCAUUUAUUCGUCUCGUAUGAUAUUACAUUCCAUGUUUUAAUUUUAUUCAAUAACUAUAGUGGUUGGUAAAACGCUUUAGUUCUAUAGAAUAUACAUAGAAACUUCGUGCCAUACAAUUAUUAGAUGUGUAGAGAUUCAUAGAGAAAUUAUAACGGUGUAUGUUUGUUAGGGAAGGUAAAUGUUCAAUGUUAUUUGUAAAGCUUCUACCCGAUAUACGAGCCGCUGUGUGUAGUAGAUUCCGCUAGAGUUGCUAAAGACUCAUAUUAUAUCCUACGAGGGCCACGAAGAAACCUAUUAGGUGUAUUUGCUUGAUAGUGGCGCUUGUAGCGUCGAGCGAAACUCAUUUAUCAUACAACUUACUAAUGUAGAAUUCUAAACAAGUGUUGAGAUUGAGGUAAUAAGAGUUGGAAUUCUUUUCCUGCAACGUUUUAUAGUGCGUUAUGGGAGAAUAUGUGAAAGCAAGAGGUAAUAUAAAUCUCAUAAUUAUGUUAUUUAAUAUAUCUUUUCUCCCCCAAAUUUGGACGCACCACUAGCCACGCCGCGUUGUCUAGCGCACUUGCUUUUUAGUGUUCCGUACAAAACUUUGUUUACGGAACACUUAUGGGAUCACUUCGGUCUUGCAAAUCAGUUAAAUAUGUUUUUUAAGCAUAAGAAAGACAUGCUUUCAGUGCCAGGCAGAAAGGUCUAAUCUUCAAUAAUUUUAAAAUAUUCCAUUAAUUGAAUUCAGAACAGUUGAUUCGAGUUUUAAAAUUGAGGACUAUACUUGAGUCUUUACCAAGACACCGCUUUACAUUAGGUGCUAAUAAAUGUAUACAUGUGGGUAAGUGCACUAUUUUUUUGUACUCUUGACAACUAAAUGCGAAUGACGUUGACAAUAUCAGUUUUAUUUGUAUCCAGGUGGCGUGCUUGGUUGUAUCUGUAGGCUUUUCACGUGUUAGAUGAGUGUGAUUUGGUGUGAUUCUUUUAGAAAUCCUGUUACAUAUUUUGUACUACAUAUAAAGACGUAUCGAGGUAGUUUUCAGUGUAAUGAACUAAUGAUAUAAAUUGAUUGUAAAAAAAGAGUCAUCGUUAUAUUUUUUUCAAAGCCAUGUAGCGUUGUCAGUUUUCUUAUGGGGCCCACUGAUUAACAGUCCGCCAGACGGUAUUCGGCCUGUCAGUUAGAACAAAAUUUUCACAGUUCCGAACAACUGACAGGACGAUACCGUCCGGCGGACUGUUAAUCAGUGGCCCCAUUAGAAAGAGACAGUCAUAAUGCGGAGUAAAUGGAUUUGAAAAUAUUAAGCACACAGCAUAGUAUGUGUAUUGAUGACACAAAACAUAGACUAGGAAUUCUCUAGACCGAGUUUAGAGCAAUUAUUUCAUGCAACCGAUGAUGCCAAAAAUGCGGGGGUGCGCGGGACGAGGUGAGCGAAGUCCCGUGCCGUGAUUGGUCCGAUCAAAGACACGGACCUCACACAAAUACACUUUCGACUAGGACAUGGAGUAAAAUUACCGUUUGCGUGGCAGAGGGGGUAGCGCGACUAUACUCAGUCUGGAGGAUGUUUUGUCUGUGACACAAAAUAAAUUAUUAAUCAUUAAGUACCCAUGAUUUUUGGUUUCACUUGCAUACCGAAAAAUAAGGAAGAAUAAUAUGAUCUUGAAUUUCACUAACUAUAUAUUCGUAAUUCAUUUACUAAAACGGCACUUGUUAGUUGACAUUUAAAUUUAUAGUAAAGAUAUUUAAAUUGGGUCAACAACUCAACGAUUAGCUUGGCAUCUAUUUUUAAAAGGAAAAGGUUCCAAUCAUACACGAUAUGGUACUUUACCCUUCUCGAGCCUAUUAGUUUCACUUAGUUGAAACCUUGCUUUAGAGUUUGGAUAUAAUAUUUCUUAAGAAUUAGCUAACUAUUAACUGCAUUAUGUAAAUUUGUUUGUACAGUUAUAUGGAAUUUUAAUAAAUUAAUUGUUCUUCCUAAAGUGCGGUCACUGUAGUAAGAAUAAAUAUUUUAUCGGAAUACUGUUAGACAAUAGUUAUAAUAUUUUGCUUUAAAUAUCCAAUUAAUAUCUCUUACCUGGAAAAUAAUCAAUAAAUUGAAUUAAAAUGUGUUA